UCUUGUUACUGAACAAAAGCAGGUGUGGUAGAUAAUGCAGCGAGUAACAAAAGAACAGGUUAAAGAGAAUGAAGGCAUUGGAAAAACACACCCAAUCUGUAGUUUUCUACGUCUGCAGAUGUCGUGAAGGUGGAAACGCUGGUGCAGUAUAAAAGUGGAGCAGGGGCAUUUGAAGCAGUAUCAUCAAGAGGAAACCAACCUACAUCCCAGCUCUUACCUGCUCAUCACGAUGAAGAUGAUCCUUCCUCUGACUCUCAUUGUUACGCUGUUCAGCACAGCUGGAGCUCUUAUGUGUGAAACCUGCACAAACACCCAGUGUUCAAGCACAGCUCCAGUGACCUGUACCUCAGAGACCAUGUGUGUAACAGCUUCCAUCCAAGCCACUUCAUCUGGAACUACAGUACCACAGAUCUUCAAGGCCUGUGCGUCGUCCUCCUUGUGUCCAGCUGCAGGAAAUCAGACAUUUUCAGGUGAUCUGGGAGCUUCCAGUGCCGUCGCCUCUGCUCAGUGCUGCAACACUGACAACUGUAACUCAGCAACUCUGCCUUUCCCUGCUGCUGAAGCAGCCAACAGCCUUCAGUGCUUCAGCUGUGACCCCACCACCUCCACAUGCACCACACCACUACAAUGCCGUGGAGUGGAGGACAGAUGCCUUCAAACAACCUUGACUAGUGGGUCCUCCACUGUUCCAGCCUUUGGUUGUGCAUCGUCAAACCUGUGUGCAGUUGCUUCCAGUCUGGGUAGUUUACCGUUCAUGCAGAGUCUUGGUAACAUCAGCAGUACAGUCAACUGCUGUGGGACCAGUUUGUGUAAUGCACCACAAACAACAACUGCUCCAACAACAACAACAACCGCUGCACCAACAACAACCCCUGGCGCAACAACAACAACCGCUGCAACAACAACAACCCCUGCCACAACAACAACCUCUGCCACAACAACAACAACCGCUGCAACAACAACGUCUACCGCAACAACAACAACCUCUGCACCAACAACAACCCCUCUCGCAACAACAACAACAACCUCUACACCAAUAACAAUAACAACAACAACAACAACAACAACAACAACCAUUGCACCACCACCAACAACAGCCACCUUAGCAACACAUUCAGCUAUGACUACAUCCAGUAAUGCCUCCUGUGUCAGACUGGCUAUGAUCCAUUUGCUUGUUGGAUUUCUUGUUUUUAUUUCGUAUUAAAAUCACAGAAAAAAGGGACAAAACUCCUUUUAAGCCAUCAAAGAGUCUGAACACUGGUUUAUUUUUGGUUAUUUAUUAGUGUGAGGGGGGAUAAGAUGAAACUGAGAAGUCAAUCAUUCAAUAAAAGAAUAAUAAACUAGUCAUGAUAUUAUUUAUUAAAUAAAUAUACUGCAUGUAGA